AUAUAUAUGUAACAAUUUCUUAUUUCAGCACAGAAGAGUUGCAAGUAUGCUGAGCGGAUUACUAUUUUCUGGGCUGUUUGCGCUGUUGGGUGCCUCUUGUGUUCCAAGCCACAUUAAGCUCGGGUAUGGCACUGUGCGUGUAACAACAGUCGACAGACAGUAUCAGCUAGGCGAUAUCUUCUACAGGGACUGUGCAGCGCCUGCGGACCGCGAGCACAUCGGUUGGUGCCCGGAUCCCCAUGACCUUGACCCCAAGAUACGGAUAAACUUCCCGGAAGUUACCGCCCUCAGUGCCAUAGUGUUCCAGACCACUUACACCGCCUGUGACAGACCGACUGACUACAACCGUAAGGCUUUCCUGGAAACGUUUGACCUCCACUACCUACUUCCGGGGGACAACCAGGAAUCCUGGGUUCUGUUUGAAGAGGGCAUGUCGGCGUUGGACGGCCACUCGGCGGAGAAGACAGUGACGUUUGAUCGCCCCAUUACGACCCAAGUCCUCAGGAUCACACCGAAAACACAAAACGUCUACCCGUGCUUCAGAGUCAAGUUCAUAGGCUGUAAUGCCGAAAGUCUUUGUCCCUCUGAGUGGUGUCUUAAUGGCGGGAAGUGUGCGGGUGAGAACUACUGCACGUGCGCUGAAGGUUUCCUUGGCAACCGUUGUAACCAAACAGUGGAAGACUUGGACCAGUACGACUACGACUUUAAAGAAAUCACAAAUGGUGAGCUGAUUACGCCUGACGCCGUAUUCUCCGUCGUUGGUGACGUCACGUUGGAAACGGCAUCAAGGAAACGUCGUGAUGGUCACGGUCAUGGACACAGUCAUGGACACUCAUGUCACUUCCAUAGUCACCACGGUCACCACAGUUACUGCCAGUACAGCCACCAGAACCAUCACGGCAGCCACAGCAGUCACAACUCACACAACCAAGGCACAAGCAGCGGAAGUAGCAGCGGAGGAAAUAGUGGCAGCGGUGGUGGUCAUUGUAUGAACAAUCUGAACCAACACCACCAUGGCUUCACAACGUCAAUGAACGUCCACUUCCACCACAACCACCAAGGCCACUGCCAUCUUUUCUCGAGCGGUGGCAACUUCCCGGGUUACCAGGGAACGUCACUAAGCUACAACACCAACCAACAUAAACUCGAGUUCCACGUUAGCACUAAUACGCAUAAAUGGUCGGUCAACGUGCAUAUUAACCUACAGUUACAUGUCACACACUCCAUCUCUGUCUCCUGGCAUCCCCAUACCGGCGCCUCUGUAACGGUCAAUAAUCAGCACAAAGGUUCCUGCGCAUGCGCACAACCCCAUUCAUCACCCGCCAAUAAAGUUAUGGAGCUGCUGAUAGGGGGCGGGAAUGUGAAAUAUGCUCUCGACACCUUAGUGAACAUGUCCAUAAGUGGCCUGAACAUAUUCGCUGCCCCUGCUUCACAGCUCCAUAAGGCUGGCGUCCAAGCUCCUUUCACCCCGCCUUCCCUGUCCACCGCCUCUCCAAUGACUACCACUACAACAUCAACAACUUCUACAACGCCUACAACCACCACAACAACUACCACUACCACCACAACUACCCCAGCGCCAGUCACCGCCACCACCGUUAACAAAACCCCACAGACCACAACCGCCGCCACCACACCCACGUCUACCUCAACAACAACAACCACGACAACAACGCCCAUCCAUGGGCCAACAUGUUUCACAUACACCAACGAGAAGACGAUCGGAGCGGUACAAACCCACACCCGAUGUGCUGCAGGCGAGGUCUGCUCUUUGUUUAAAGAAGUCCAAGGCCAAGGCUACACCGCUAAGUGCUUGGAAAAGAAUCUGUGCGAUACAGGAAAGAGGCUUGCUUCCGGUGCCUGCUGGGAAUGUUGCGAUAGCUACCUCUGCAACGACCACUGCUCUGCUUCUUCAUCUGCAACGUGUCAAGACAAGCCAACGUGUCAGACCAUUAUGGCGACCGGAUAUGACGUAUGCACUGAUACCAAGAUGGCGGUCGACCUUUGUAGCAAAACAUGCAAAAUCUGUUAAAUGUGUCUACCGUCUAGAUGGAUGCUUUUCGCUGAUAUUAAUUGAAUUUUACAAGUAUUUAAUUUGGAAUUU